UAAAAGCCCAUAUAUAAGAUCCUGUGAGAAAAACGUAGUAUAGUUUCCAAAAAAAAGCUGAGAUGUGAAUACGGAUGCUAUUAAAAAAAACCAGCAGUCCAGAUCCUACUCUCUUCUACAUGCUGUGUUUCUCUUCUCCAAUACCCUCUUCACCUGUAACUGGUUAGAGAUCUCUCGGCAAACACAUGGAAUUUUUCAAAGAUCGACGCACUCAUAUAACAAUCACAGUCUGCCUUUUGUCCUUCUGUUUACUCUAUGUAUUCCUAACCCCCUACAUCGGUUUCACGCCACUCUUUUCAUUCCCAUAUCAACCAUGUACACUCUCUAAGACGUGCAACGUGACCAGCAACAAAGAUGCACUCGAAGCUGCUUUAUCUGAGGCUUCAAUGGAGAACAAGACCGUAGUAAUCGCUAUUGUCAACAAGGCUUAUGUAGAAGGCGAUAAGCCAAUGCUAGAUUUGUUUUUGGAUAGUUUUUGGCUUGGGGAAGAUACACGAAAAUUGGUUGAUCACCUUCUACUUGUUGCGGUCGAUGAGACAUCGUUUGAACGGUGCAAAUUUCUUCGGCUUCAUUGCUAUAGGCUCCAAAUGGACGAUGGGGUAGACUCCAAUGGUGAGAAGGUUUACAUGUCUGAUAGUUUUAUCAAGAUGAUGUGGAGGAGAACCCUGUUUCUUGGAGAAGUACUAAAGCGAGAUUACAGCUUUGUUUUCACGGACACUGAUGUAAUGUGGUUAAGGAACCCAUUUCCAAUGCUAAGCCAAAAUGAAAGGAUAGAUCUUCAAAUCAGCACUGAUAACUUCAAUGGCAACGAAUGGUCUGAAGACAAUCCCAUCAACACUGGCUUCUACUUUAUCAGAUCCAACAACAAGACCAUGUCAUUGUUUGAUGCAUGGUAUGCCAUGAAAAAUAACUCUGUGGGACUAAAGGAGCAAGAUGUUUUAUUAAACAUGAUGCAUGAAGGUGCGUUUAAAGAGCUAGGCCUUACCGUGAGGUUCUUGGACACAAAUUAUUUCAGUGGGUUCUGCAAAGAUAGCGAAGACUUUAAAGCUGUUCGAACCGUUCAUGCCAAUUGCUGUCGUACUAUUAGUGCUAAGCUGACGGAUCUGAUGGCUGUUAUUCACGAUUGGGAGAGAAACAAGAGGGCAUCUACCAAUGAGAGUUUAUCCACUGCAUGGUCAAGCCACGUGGCAUGUUCUGAUUCAUGGAAAAGUUAAUAUAUAUAUAUAUAUAUAUAUAUUUUUUUUCUUUAUAGUUAGAUAGUUACGAUAGGAUGAAGGAUUUGAACCUAGACCAGGACAGACCCAGAAGGAUUGAGGGUGAAAGGGGCAAUUUCUCUUUGGCCCCACUCAAAUUUCCUUACCCUAUAUACAUAUGUUCAUGAAUUUUCCCUUUAAUAUAUGCCUUUGACCCCACCUAAUAAUU